CUUCUGCCCCGCAGCGCGAUGGCUGCCAACUGCGAGCGCACCUUCAUCGCCAUCAAGCCCGAUGGGGUCCAGCGGGGGCUGGUGGGAGAGAUCAUCAAGCGGUUCGAGCAGAAGGGCUUCCGGCUGGUGGCCAUGAAGUUCGUGCACGCCUCUGAAGACCUUCUGAAACAGCAUUACAUUGACCUGAAAGACCGACCGUUCUACCCUGGUUUGGUUAAAUACAUGAACUCUGGACCUGUUGUGGCCAUGGUAUGGGAAGGACUCAACGUGGUUAAAACUGGGAGAGUGAUGCUAGGGGAAACAAACCCUGCAGACUCUAAGCCUGGUACUAUCCGUGGUGACUUCUGCAUUCAAGUAGGAAGAAAUAUCAUUCAUGGCAGUGACUCUGUGGAAAGUGCGCAGAAGGAGAUCAACCUGUGGUUCAAACCUGCAGAGCUCAUUGACUUCAAGUCUUGUGCACAUGAUUGGAUCUAUGAGUGAAAUGAGUUUCCCCAAUGAAUUGUGCCUUCUUAACACAUCAUCUCAUUCCAGCUAUUGACCUGGGAGCAAUUAUCACCACGGUUAUCUUAGUCAUUUUUCAGCAGUGUCAAAUAAAUGGAUGAUAUGAACUAAA